AUGCGAGCCGCGGCGGUGACGACGCUCCUGCUCGCUCUGUAUGCCGGGUGCGCGCUCGGGUCGCUGGCGAAGGCGCCCGGCGCGCGGACGCUGCGGGUGAAGGGCAUGGACGUGAUAUCGACGGGGGUGUUGGAUCCGCACUGCGAGCCGAAGCUGAAGGAGAACGACCGCGUCGAGUUUCACUACAGGCUGACGUCGCGGGAAACCAAGCGGGUGGUCGACCACGGCACGGAGUACGUCGGCAGGCCGCAGGACGCCACGUGGCGCGAGAGCGAGCUCCCCGAGGCCCUCUACCACGGCAUGCUCGGCGCGUGCAUCGGCGAGCAGCGCCGCAUCCUCGCCCCGGCGUCCAAGACUGAGGCCGUCGCGCAGCACUUCUCGGCCGACGCCGACGCGUUCCGGUCCGGCGGCGUCCAGAUCGACGUCGACGUCGUGUCCCUGAACGGCCGCAUCGCCUCGCUCGAGCCCUCCCAGGACGGCACCGGCGGCCAGUGGCACGGCUUCGACUACCCCGCGGAGCACUACUGCGACGCGUGCCACUACCUGACCGAGCGGUUCCCCGCGGCGUGGGUCUCAAUGUCGCUGAAGCGGACGCGCGAGAUGCAGAGCGCGACGACGGACACGCCCGCGGCGCUGCAGUACGACGAGCAGUUUGAAAAAGCGGUGCAGGAGUUCUGCGAGCACGGCAAGUACGCGUACGGCGACGACACGGCGCCCUUCAUGGAGCAGGGUUGCAGGCAGCUGAUGCGCGUGCGGAAGCGGGACAUCGUUGGGCAGCUUCUGAGCAAGCAUUUGUCGAACGAGGUCAUUCGCGAGUUCAAGAAGACUGUCUGCGAGGACAUCGCGCAGUCGUGCACGUACAACAGCCGCGCCACGCGCGCGCUGCACAACGAAAGCAAGACGCCCUACGGCCGCGUGUCGAGCCGGCGGUGCGAGGCGUGCAAGGCCUCCUUGGAAGACAUGCACUUUCACUUCCGCACGCAAUCUAGCAUCGCGGCGGGCAAGGGCGUUCGGGCGCGCGUGGACGAGCUCGCGGAGGUGAUCUGUCUGCCGAUGGUGCGGCGGCACGACCGGUGGGGCCCCGUGGAGGCGGAGGUGUGUCAGGACAUGGUCGAGGAGCACGCGGACUCCGUCAAGGACGGGACGGAGAAGGUGGUGGCGGGGGAGUGGCAGUGGGAGGACGUGGUGAAGAAGGUGUGCGUCGAGGACCUCGAGGUGUGCAAGUACGGGGACUUCGAGCCCCCGAACAGCGAACUGUGA